CGUUCCCUUAGCAACCGCGCUUUGAGCGCUACCACGUCCCUGCCUGCUCUGCUACAGCCUCGGGUUGGAGCCAGCGGCGCCAAGGCGGGGAAUCUGGGGACCGGGCAGGCCUGGACACGGUGAUGGGGCGUACGGCCCGCGGGUUUUUUCCCGGGUAUCCUGAGCGCUAUGAUGCUGCUGAGCAGGAAGUCGGAAGGUCCCCUCUCGGCAGGUUUGGAGAUGGCUUGUAUGACUCUUAUAUGAGAAUAGAUCAGAUUAGAUAUCCAGAACCUACAAAUGAAGAAUGCACCCCUUCUGGUUUUCCUUCACUAGGGAGAUCUAAUGUAACUACUAGCACAAUCACAAUGAAGGAUCAUCCUUUGACUGGGAGCCAAGUCAAAGUUGAGCAAUUAUUUGAAGACUCUGGAAAUAGAAGGAGCAGUACUCUGCAGUCCUCUGGAAUAAAUGGCUCUGAAAGGUCAUUUCCAACUCCAGUAAAAGAUAAAAGUGGUGAUAGUAUAUGCACCGUCAAAAAUAGUGGCAGCUCAAUAAAAGCACAGAAAGCUGGAUGUCAGUCUGCAGAGCAAGCACUGAAGCAAUAUAAACAGCAGUUAACAGCCUAUGAGCAACAAGAAAUAUUUAAUUUUCCUGAAAUCUAUUUUGUGGGUCCAAAUGCAAAGAAAAGACAGGGAGUUAUUAGUGGCCCAAACAAUGGUGGAUAUGAUGAUGAACAAGGCAGCUACAUUCAUGUACCUCAUGAUCAUCUUGCGUACAGAUAUGAAGUGCUUAAGAUAAUUGGGAAAGGCAGCUUUGGCCAAGUAGCUAAAGUGUUUGAUCACAAACAACACCAACAUUUGGCUCUAAAGAUGGUGCGCAAUGAGAAACGGUUUCACCGGCAAGCGGCAGAAGAAAUACGCAUCUUGGAACAUCUCAAAAAGCAAGAUAAAACUGGCAGCAUGAAUGUUAUUCACAUGCUAGAAAGCUUUACCUUUCGAAAUCAUAUAUGUAUGACCUUUGAGCUCCUGAGCAUGAAUUUGUAUGAGCUGAUCAAAAGAAACAAGUUUCAAGGCUUCAGUGUGCAGCUUGUACGUAAAUUUGCUCACUCAAUAUUGCAAUGUCUGGAGGGGCUUUUCAGAAACAAAAUUAUACAUUGUGACUUAAAGCCUGAAAAUAUUCUUCUGAAACAGCAAGGGCGGAGUGGAAUCAAAGUAAUUGAUUUUGGAUCUAGUUGUUUUGAGCACCAAAGAGUUUACACUUACAUACAAUCUCGGUUUUACAGAGCCCCAGAAGUUAUCCUGGGAAGCCGCUAUGGGAUGCCCAUAGAUAUGUGGAGUUUUGGCUGUAUUCUGGUGGAACUUCUGACUGGUUAUCCUUUGUUUCCAGGAGAGGAUGAGGGUGAUCAGCUAGCUUGUAUGAUGGAGCUCCUUGGAAUGCCUCCACAGAAAUUGCUAGACCAAUCCAAGCGAGCCAAAAACUUCAUCAAUUCGAAAGGUCAUCCUCGCUAUUGCAGUGUAACAACUCAAGCAGAUGGGAAAGUUAUUCUUAAUGGUAGCAGAUCACGAAGGGGUAAAAUGCGCAGUGCUCCAGGCAACAAGGACUGGAUCACAGCAUUAAAAGGCUGUGAUGACUCUUUGUUUAUAGAGUUCUUAAAAGAAUGUCUUAAUUGGGAUCCUUCUGCAAGGAUGACUCCUAGCCAAGCUUUAAGACAUCCUUGGAUUUGCAAACGAGUACCUAAGCCUCCCAGCGUGGAUAAAAGUUCAGGCAAACGGAUUGCUCACUAUACAAGCGCUUUCCCAGGGAUAAAUUCCAGAUUACCCCCAGUUGUUGGGGUAGCAAACAAACUGAGAGCUAAUCUAAUGUCUGAUUCAAAUGCCAAUAUACCUCUAUGUACUGUGCUACCAAAAUUGGUCAGCUAAUAGAGAAUUACAUAUUCCCAGGGUAUAUACUGUGUUUAUUAUUAUCUCCGUGAACCACAAAGAGAUUAGUGUAGGGCCUGGGGAAAAGAUUAUUGAAGAUUGAACCUUGUAUAAAAAAAAAACUGAAUGAAAACAAGCAUUUUAAGGGCUAUAAUUAUUUAAUCAAAUAGUUUCAGCUAGGACGGGAUGCCUAUUGUAUACAUUUGUUUUAUUCAGUGAGAUCACAUGCUAUAUAACAGAUUUUAGAGUAAUGUUAUAAUAAACCACAAAAUCACCUGUUCAUGCCGGCAGUCAUGUAAACAGAAAAUUGAGUGCAAUGUGGUUUCAAGAUAAUUUACACCUGAUAGUAAAUUUCUUACAGAAUGCUGAUCAAAAAGCACAAGUUCUUAAGCUUUUUGUUGUCUAUGAAUUAUUUUGUAGUAAUUUCUACAUAUAAUUGCAAGAUUUCUGAGUUUGCAAAAUUAAUUUGCGAACUCUCCUUCAAAUUGUUUGCAGACAAGCAUCUUGCAAAAGUGUGUGGUGAGCCAGACCUAUGAAGAUAAUAGUUUUUGGACACUCAUUUUAAUAUUUUUAAUUCUUCAUUCCAACAUUUUAAAUUGAAUUAAUUGAUCACAUGGAGAUAAAAAUAUUUCUGAGAAAAUUUCUUGUAAGUAAGUUGCUUUUAAUUUUAGUGAAGGAUAAACUGAGGAAAAUGCUGUUUUCAAAUUUCAGAUGCAAAAAGAUGGGUGCUUCAAAUAUUUUGUACAGGAAAAUGUAAUGGGCAGCAUCUGGAUAUUGGAAAAUAAAAUUAUUUUACUAGUGCACAUAAGUUUGCCUCUUGGUUUUCCCAUUCAGGAUCUUGAUUAUGAAGACUUGAUCUUUAGCAAAGCACAAAACAGUAUUACUCAGACCUAAAGUACAGUUUAGGUAUAUGAUGCAAGGUUAAUGGAUCAUUAUUAAUGGUAGCCAUUUGCAUUGGAUAUUUACCAAUCAGUUGAAGAUGAACUAUUAUUUAAAUUCUAUUUUCCACAUUGGAUGCAUUCUAUAUUAUAAUAAUUUGUAGAACAGCUAAUCACUGAAAAAUUAAUUUGCUUCCUCCUGAUUUUUGUGUUAACUGUUUACUCUCAUGAGUUACACAAAUACUAGAUUAGAUACUCUGUCAGCUGUUUAUUCAGAUUGCAGUGCAAUUUCUGCACAUGCGUGUUAAUACUGCAUAGGUAGGAAAAUGUGAAGAGUCCUCAAGAAUAAGGAUUUUAUAGAUGCUAACUUCAGAACCAGAAAGCUCUAUUGAACUUACAUGUAAUUUUAUUCCAAUUCCAAAUAAAUACCUUAAUUUCUCUGUUUCACAUAGUUGGGUUUUUACAUCUGCAUGGCCAUUUAAGAUUAUUUGAAAUUAAGAAUUCUGUCUUAGCAGUAAUAAUGAUCACAGUUAUAUUGUACCAUUCUCGAGGCAAUUCAAACAAAAAUAUUUGAUUGCAGUAGCAGACAUUGAGUAUAUAAAGAAUUGCACAUAUCUUCCUAACCCUAACCCUUGGCAAGACAAUCUUGUGCAAAAUGUUAUUUUACUGCAUAAACAUUUUAAUGUUUAGUGAAUUUGUAUGCCAUUCCAUUAGUUGAGGAAUUUGGGACAGUUUACAAGAAAAUAAGAUAAAAAAGAAAAUAAAAUCAUGAAGUAAGCAAGUACAAUAAAACAAAAUAUAAAAUUGAAAACUUGAUUUUAGUUGCACGUUUAUAGCUCAUUGUAUUUUGUUUUUUAAUUGUUCACCCUUUGUAUAAAAUAUAAUAAUUUUCACAAAAUACCUACAAGCUAUAGCGAAAUGUAUGGGGUACAUUAUAGCUUGUUGUUUUUUAUUGCUUUAAAUAAUGCUGAAUCUUGCAGGUAAAAGCAUUAAUAAAAUCCAGGUCAUUUUGGGAAAUAAAAUAUAUAUAGUAUUUGAUUGAAAGCUUAUCAGAUAGAUUUCAUAGUAAACAAUUUUCUCUUUUUAAUUACUGUCUUUAAACUUUUUUAAAAGGA